CCGGUGCUGGGCCUCCCCGAGUCCCGGCCGGCCGCCCACGGCUGCGUGGCCUUCGCCGCUCGCCUGCACGUCGACCUGGGCCAGCCGGCGCUGGCGGCCGGCUUGUGGCUGGAGCUGGGCAACGAGCUGCGCUCCGCUGGCGAGCCGGGCCAGGCCGUGCCGGCCUUCCUGCGCGCCGCCGACCUGCUGGCCGCGGGCCACCUGCCCCUGGAGGCGCUGCACGGCCUGCGCGACGUGGCCUCCUGCCUGCUGCUGAGCCGCGACUACGACGGCGCCCUGGCGGUGCUCACGCAGGCCCAGCAUCUGGCCCAGGGUGGCAGCGGAGCUGCCGCUGCCGCCUCUUCCGCCGCCGCCGGUGCCACCUCGCUGCCCGGCGCUUUCCUUGACCAGCUGCUCCACUGCGAGGUGACGCGGCUCCUGCUCCUGCUCCUGCUGCAGCCUCCGCCGUCCAAGCUGUUGCCCGAACACGCCCAGACGCUUGAGAAGUACUCUUGGGAGGCCCUGGACGCCUGCUCGGGCUACAUGCCCUCUGAGCUCUUCUUGCUGCUCCAGUCUGCUGUCAUGGCCUGCCAGGAGAAAGACCUGGAGUCCCUGAAGGUGCUGCAGAAGGAACUCUGGCCGCUGCUCACUGCUGAGCAGAACAACCUUCUCCACUUGGUUGUGCAAGAGAUGAUCGCCCCCUCGGGUCAGGGGUUCUGACAGUUUGUGUUCCUGGCCUUACUUUUUCCAUGGAUGGCUCUCGCUGAGGAGGCGAAGAACUUAGGCAGAACUGCCUGAAGGAGAUCUGCAGUAGUCAGAGUUAGUGGGAAAGGUGGUAAUUGUACCUAUACAACUCCUGUACUCAACUCAUUGAAACUCGUAAUCUUGCCUCUCUAUGCGUGCAUUAAAGGUCAUCAUUAACCAUCCCAUAUGGUGAGGUGAGGGCACUUAGAUGGCCCAAAUAUGAUGGAUUAUAUCUCCUACCAUUUUUUAAACAGAUUCUUUGCCUGUGUCAGAGGGAGUUUUGUCCUGACAUUCCUGAUUCUUUCUACCUUGCCAUUCCUUGAACUUAAUUAUGAACUUCAGAGAACUGCAUGGGACUUCCCCAUAUAGCUUACUGUUGGCCUAUAUUCUGUUUUGCAGCUUCCUAGAAUUCUUCCACAGGCCACAGUGCAAAUCAUAUGAGAUUUGCGAUGUCAGCUGAAAACUGAUCAGAACAUUUCCCUUGUUUCAACUGAGAUUAUGGAAAGCUUUAAGCAGCUUUUUUUGUCAGUAUCAUCCACCAAAUAUAUACUGGAUUCUUCUCAGUACUAUGCUUCUGAUGGAGGCUAUAUUAAAAUCAACAUGCAUAAUAUAAACAACAAUUUGGGAGAAUUGUAGGAAUUUCAAAAUAUUUGUCUAUUU